CUUUUCAAGUGUGUACAGCCUAGUGACCUUGGUUUGUUUCGUAUCUGAUGAGUUAUGGUUGGCACCGGGUAUUCCGGAUUGGAAUUGUUUUAGUUUUUGUGUUCAGUUUAGUUGUUCAAGGGUACACAACUUGCUUCACAAGAAGCGACUCGAGUGCUGAAUUAUCUUUGGGUCCAUCUGAUGUUGUUAUACAUGAAGACUUACUGAAAUUAUGCCCAGGGAAUACGUCUCAUCUUUAUGUGUCCGGUAGUAAUGUUACAGGUUAUCGUGUUUUAUCCUUUGGAUUUUUGAGGAAUUCUGUCUUACCUGGACUUGAGCGGCUGCAGAUUGAUGUUGGUCACUUAAAAAUAUCACAGAAAGACUUUCGCAAUAACAUAUCUUCUAACCUGAAAUUCCUGUCGCUAUCUAAUUGUAGCUUGGAGUCCUUGCCAGCCUUCGGCAUGCUUCAUGGCUUAGAAAGUUUGAAAAUAGUGGAUCUAAGUCACAACAAAUUACGCUGGUUACCUGUUGACAUUUUCCAUUAUUCCAAAGAUCUUCAAUAUCUAAACUUAUCGCAUAACUUUCUCAGCACCUUGCCAAAUGUCCCAUAUCCAUUUAAAGUAUUUGUAUCCAACAAUCCGAUCAGCUGUUCGUGUGUUAACGCAAGAUUGUUAUCUAAAGGAUUUUUUGAUGGUGUUCCAGUUUGCAAACGAUGGCCACAGCCGUGUAAGCCAACCCUGGAUACUUACUUAUAUGUAGACUCAAGUGAGCUAAGUAUGACAAAUUUUAGUGAAAAUUCAUCCAUCUCUGUGUUCGCAGGGCAACAACUUUCGUUUGUGUGCAACGUAAAUUCUGAUCUACCAUAUGUACUUUUUUGGGUUUCACCUGUCGGUAUUAUUUCCCCACCCAAUACUGAAUCUGAAGUAAAUGCAUUUUCUCUUUCUUACGUUGUUCAGCCUAUAUUGGCUGCUACAGUUUUCAAUAUUGUACGAGUGACUGAAGCCACAAAUGCAUUGAAUGUCGAAAAUACUAGAGGGCAUUUAAGUGGGAAAUGGUCCUGCGUAGCUUACUCUUCUGAAGCAACGUCUCAGUCCUCAUCCGUUGAAUUGCGAGUGGUUUCUAGUUUGUACAAUGCACAAAUAUAUUAUAUUUCCCUCUGCUACGGAUAUGGUGGGAUGAUUUUAUUAUUGCUGGUUGGUAUAAUUGGUGGCACUAUCAGAUACUGUAGCGAAACCCAUUGUCUCAGACGCCCACAACCGUCUUGUGCGUUCAAGGGGAAAACAUACGUCGGCGUAAUUCCAGUUCCUGAAAUGAGUGACGAAGAAGGUUCGCUGAAGCAUCACAAUCCUGAUAAGGUGUUAGAAAUACCACUUGGGAAUUCACCAUUGCUGAAUAAAUACAGUAGUUAUUUUGGCCCAAACAGUCGUUGGAACUGUGCUUCAUGCAAAACAGUUCAUUUCGUUGAGAAAAUACAGGAAGUUGAAGAUGCUGGUUUGCUUAUUGCAGCUGGAGAUGUACCUUUAGGUAGAAUCGCUCCUGAUGGCGAGAUAAUCAUUAUAGACACUGGUGAUCCGGAUAUGGAAACUGAUGCGUCAAACGGCAGUUUGCAGCCAAUUUCAGAACAGUACAAGCAUGAGUCCAUCGAAACUCACCAACCACUAAUGUGUGGUUCUGUUACUAAUUCAGAUACUCUUGACGUUCUUCUAAAAAGCACUGCUCAGCAGGUAUGUAAAUAUGAUGUUUGUGUGCGGUCGGGAAGGUGUGUGGUCAGAGUUCGACUCAACAUAAAUUAUUCUGCUUCGUUCCGUUGUCCUAGCUAUUUUGCUUCUUUUGAUAAUUCAACUUGUGCACCUUGUUUGCCUCGACCAGGCAGUGCCGAUGUCAAGCUGGUUGUGUCCAACGAAAAGCUUGCACAAGAAUAUCGAGAUGCUCUGGCCAGUUUAGCUCAGGCUGUUGAGAAUCCCGAUCCUGCACAUUUUCGUGAAAAGCUUGAUGACUUUCGAAGUAGGUUGUGUCGUGAUGUCGGUCAUGGAGUUAAGGUUCUACGUGGUGAAUUUCAAGAUUUAAGAGCCAAAUCUGCCAAAAGUGUUGCAUCUCUUCGUACUCAGAGCUCUGCUGCUGCACAACGCAUGCGUGCGGGACUAUUCUACGGGGUGGAACAAAUGAAGGAUGGUAUGCGCAGUGUUGCUGAGCUUUGUGGAGCUUCAGGAACUAUUGGUCAAACAAUAUCGGUUGUAAGUGUAUAUGUUGACGAGAAAGAUCAGACUAAGAAAGAAAAACAUAUCUCUGAUUUUGUAUUUUAGUUUUGAUUCCUUGUUUCUCUUUUUCUGUUCCUUGAUUGCUCUACUCAUUUCAAAUAAAGUUUGUAUAUCUUGCGUAAAUGUCUGUGUAUUUGUAGGCUUAGUCAUGUCACACUGGUAGAUUUAUAGUUUCUAGAUUUACGUGUGUUGUCGGAUUGAGGUAGGUAGUCGACUGUUUGAUCCAUACUGCUUAAAUAAAUGAUAAGUGAUCUUACACUGAGUUGUGUAAGCAUAUUGGAUUAGUGUGAUGUGAAGACUUGUGAAUUGUGACCACUAUUAACAGCUAUAGUCAUAUAUUUUCAGAUGUAGAUAAUAUCAGCAUAGAGUUUGGGAUGGCUGUGUAAGAG